AUGGUAGUUUUAUCGCUCUUUACUCCAACAUUUAGUUGCUCAAACUCUUACAUUCCACUCAAUUUCUUCACCUCACUGCAAAAUUUCUGUGUGGAUUCACAGUUCAAUUUAAAGGCUAAAGGAAGAAUUAAUAAAGUAUAUUGUAGGAAGAUUCAGGUUGUGUCGUUGCAUUGCAGCCCCAAGAUUCUAAAGUGCAAUCGCAAAUCGAGGUAUAAACAGCCAGUCUCGCCUUACGAUAGUGAAGAAGAUGUCGACGAUGAAGACACUGGUGGUGACGUGGUUGACGGUGAUGACGAUUGGAUUUCUAAUCAUCCAUUAUUCUCGAAGAACAAACUGCCUGUAUCUUCUUUUCCUUAUAUUGGCUCCUCUUCUGGUUUGUACGCCAGUCAAGGGUUCAGGAAACCAGGCUUGUUCCAAUAUUUAACAACGUUUGAUAAGCAUCUCGAAACUCUUCUUGAAGAUGAAAUGCCCAAUUUUCUCCAAGCUCCAUCUCCUAACAGUUGCAUUAAGACAUCGUCUUCUAACAAUAAGAGGGGCUCGCCUCCUCACAGCGUAGGGACAUCUCCUAAUAUAAGAAGCAGCCUUUUAUCACAAUUCCCUUAUGGAGGCAGGGGAGCAACUAGCAACAAUGGAUUGAUUGAUCGCUAUCGAAAUAGAAGGGUUGACAGUGGAAGCCAGGCGGAAGACAGAAGGCAGUAUCAACUUGAUUUGGAAAAUAUCACCUCAAAGAUGCUACUUGCCGCUAUCAAUGAAACUCAUGAGGGCACAUAUGAUUUCUUCUAUCUACCAAUUGAUUUGAAGAAUAAGUGCAAUGUGAGGUAUGCUUUCAUCAACAUGGUGUCUCCUACACAUAUCAUCACCUUCCAUGAGGUUUGA